AUGCGCGUUAACCAACUCGAUGGAGAAAUUGCAGUCAUAGAAGAGAGGAAUUCCAAGGAUAAACAUAAAAAUGGAAAACUUGUGCAAGAGCAUGACGAAUCAAAGGGGUACACAGAAUUGGGAAGAAACUCCCAAGUGAUAAAAGGUUUAACGAGGGAAAGGUGUCACAUACAUGAGGACUACACAGAUUAUAAGAAAACCUUGCAUCAAAAGGGGAGUCAGGUUGAAACCAUGAUGGAGGGAGAGCCCAAUGCUAAGGAAGAUACCUGGAUGGAAUUCCCCCGCAACGAUACAGAGCAUUAUAAUAUCAUGUCCAGCACUGAAACAGUUGUGUCUUCAAAUGACAGUGUUGAAGACAUGUAUGAAAAAAACUACAAAUACUUUGCAGUGAGGAAAUACUCUCUCAGUGAAGAUUCUCCAGGAUCAGCAUCCGACUGGAGACAUAAUUUAAAGUUAGACAGGAUCAGGUGCAACCAAAAUGAUGUCUUCCAAGAGGAUAGACGAAUUGUUAGCCUUCCCAAACCAUAUAGAAGGAGUGAACCUCUCAAUGGAAAGGGACUCACGGAGGAAAAUGCUUUAACGAACGAUGCCAAAGAGGAAAAACGAAAACAAAACGACCAUGCGGUGUACCUACCAAACCGUGUCUACCCUGGAAGAAGCAAUGAGGAGGUUCUAGAAAAAAAUAGCGUAAGCGACUUCAACCCGCUAGUCCAUGUAAGUACUAUGCACUAUUACUACAACCCCUGUGGGAAACAAAACUGUAGAGACAAUCACUUCAGUUUUGACAAUCCCUAUGAUAUUCAAAAUGGAUCAUUUCGCUAUGUUUGUCACCCCUUUUGUCAGCCUCAUGUCACUAGGUGCCUUCAUCCAGGAGACCGUAUAGGCCAAAAUGAGGGUAAUUCUUAUAUGAACAAAAAAUGCUCACUAGAAUUCGAUAAUUAUUUGAAAGACAUGUACUUCACGAAUAGGUCCUAUAUGGAGGCGGAACUGAGAAAAAAAUGCAGCCAUUAUUUUCUGCCCCUUAGGAGGCCCUUCCUUGAAGGGGGUUCCAAGAGGGGGACCGUUGCCUCUGGUAGCCUCCUCCGUAAGCGCGAAAGUUGUUCUAGCGGCAGAUUAGGCGAUGACCUUGUUGACCCACUCAAAGGACGAACCCAUCCCCACGGGGCAAAGCAUGAAAACAACUCGCACAACAUAAGCAUCGGACACAAAUGUAAAGAGGAGAAAUAUCACCGAAGAAAAUAUGCAGACCAGGAGAACGCACCAUGUCCAAGAAAAAAUAAUUUAUUUUCUCAAUUGAUUAAGAACCUCAAGCUGUUGGGAUAUGCCCUAUUUUUUUGCUUCUUCAUAAGCAACGAAAAUAAGGCAAUGAAGGAAAAACAGAACUCCACGCGCGGCGGGAAAAAGGCCCUUCCGCACUCGUCCUGCCUUAAGAGUGAAAGGAGGCGAAAAUAG